GAACCAAGUAGUUAAAUAUGAAUGAAGGGAGUAAUUUAGAGUGCAUUUAAAUUACUCCGCGGGUUAUUGGAUCUUCGAGGGUACAAAGGACCAUUCACGCGAAAUUUAGGGAUAGGGAGAAAGAGCUGUGGUUGAGGCGAACGGACUAAACUGAAAAUGGCGCUAAUACUCCCAUUAUCAUCUUCCUCUUUUAUCACCAAGAAGAAAUCCCCAGGUCAUCAUCUGCUUCCUCACAGAGCGAGACGCAUAGAUCUCUCCGCGAAAUCGCGAGACCCAUCUCCCUCAGAAGACGCGCCGUCAUCCACGGCGGUACCGCCGCAGAAGAGGCUGGGCGGAGCCGGCCUAGGUUUUGGCUCUUCAACUCCAAAGACGCAGCAGAAGGGCGAGAGAGGAAGGGCAUCUGUAAUUCGAAGAGCCCCAAUCGAAAAACCCAAGUUCGAUGGACGAUCUGACAAUGCCCGCUCCCAGGAGCCCGAGAGAAGCGAGAGGGCUUUUCUUAUUGCUUGGUUAGGUCUUGGCGCAACCAUUAUUGUUGAGGGAAUUGUUCUUUCUGCUUCAGGCUUCCUGCCGGAGCAGUGGGAUAAUUUCUUUGCGAAGUAUCUUUACCCAUCAUUCACUCCCACAAUUGCAUUAUUUUUAGCCGGCACAGUAACUUACGGAGUGUUGAAGUAUCUGCAGAGUGAGAAAUCUAAGAGUGAAAACUGAUGAUUGUUCUUCACUCACAAAAUCCAAUUGUAAGUUUCUGCAAUGAAUGCGGCUAGUACUUCCUCCAACCAGCUUGUCCAGGCAUGCAUUUUCCAUGUAUUGCUGCUCAACUGUAAGUGUGCAAAAAGUAAUUUAUCUUUCUACUCAAAAUAGAUAUACCGAAAUAAUUGAUUACGUUACAAGUCAGCCGUGGAGGAGCAAUCUAGAUCUACAUGUCUCUAUCUGUUGGAUCUAUUUUUUUUUGAACUCCGUGUCACCGUAAUCAAUCCUAACUACUGCACAUCUCAUAGGGGUAUCUGAGUUUUGCAAGACAUUUAGGCUUCAUGAAGGAGGUUAUGUUCAUAAGAAUAAGGGUAAUCUCGGGAGUAAUUCUAGCUAUAUUCCAAACGUGAUUUGGUAUAACUCGAAUUGGGAGUAAUUUAGGUACAGGUGACAAAUCUUUUCAAAGUAAGUAUCAAUUAUGAACACGUUUUUAUUAUAGUGCAUCUCAGAAGUGGCCAAGAAUAUGUCCUAUAGGAUUAUAUGCUCAUACUUACCAUUGGAGCUUAGUAGCUUACCAUUUGGUUUGUUGCUGUUGACAAGGCAAAAAGUGCCGAGCAGGAAUCUGGUUGGAGUUUGUGAAAGUAAAAAGGGAAAAGAGAGAUGGAAUGAUUGGUGGCACGAAACUCAAGACGAUGCAUCCCUCGCCGCUGCUACCAAAGUACUCAAAUCGACUUCAAACUUUUAUUACUCCUCUCUUCUCUUAGGUAUCAUGAUUAGACGUAGAAAGGUUUUCUGAUUUAUAAUCGAAUAACCAAAAUGAUUCAAAUCAAACUGAAACUAAACU